AUGAAGCAAAAUGUCAAAGGUGGUAAAACCGAGAUUAAUGUUAUAACACCGAUUACCGAAGUUAUUUGCUAUGGUCCAAUCAUUGCUAGACAAUGGUUUGUGAUGUUUUUGGAAAAGUAUAUUGUGCGAGGAUGGAUAUUUGUUUGGUUUACUUUGCUUUAUUUUGCUAAUAUUGGAAACUUCAAUGGAGGUCUAAGCAAGGUUAACGUGUUCGACCCUAUUGUUUUAAAAUCAAUAAAAAUAUACAUUGUUAACAUGAUAUGGAUUGUUUUUUUACUUGAAUGGUUUUUUGGGUCUCCAAUAUUUGAGAGGAUAAGCGUAUGGAAGGGAGCUCAUUGUACAGACUCUCGAUUUGCUCGAGAGUAUGCUUGUGAAAAUGGGGGCGGGGAAUGGAUCAGUCCAUUCGACCCUUCGAGCCAUUACACGAUAUUGAUUUCAAGCAGUUUAUUGAUAAGGAGAUUGGUGCUACCAUUAUUUCCAGAGCUUCUAUUAGCAGCUAAGUACAGAAAUCAAAAGAACAAAACAUUACAGCAAUUAGGAACGUUGGAGGAGGGCUUUGGAGAAGACACGAGGGUGAGUAUAGGUGCUAGUAACAACUUGGAUUCAGAAGCACGUGCAGUUGAGAGCGAUCUUGAAGACAACGUCACUGGUACCAUUUUAGGCUUGAUAUGCGGAUUGCUUGUGCCAGUUAUUGCAGGUCUAGAUGACAUAAAGGUUAUAUCAGUAUUUUAA